AAAAGUGGGUCCGACGUGGAAACAGUUCCCCCGCGCGACGACUUCCGGUCUGAGAAGGAAAACAACGGGGCUGCGUUGGAGACAUUGGAAGGUGAUUCUUUGAGGCUGGCGGGGAAAGUCCGUCCCCGGCCCUGCUCUGGGUCAGGUUGGAAAAGGCUUGUGCUGUUUCCUGGCUGUUCCCUGCCUCCUUUUCCAGGCGGCGAAGAUGGCGGGCCCCAAAAAGUGCCCAGACUGCGGCUCCCUGGACAUCGUGGAGGACUCUCACUACGCUCAGAGCCAGCUGGUGUGCGCAGACUGUGGCUUCGUUCUCACCGAAGGGCUCCUCACCACCACCUUCGCCGAGGAGCAGCACCUCCAAGAAGUGACAUACUCACGCAGUACUGGUGAGAGCGAGCAGUUGGGCCAUUGUCUGCAGAGAGGGAUCAAACGUGUCCGGGAUCUCUGCAAAGUUCUCCAUCUUCCUUCUCUGUUUGAAGAAACAGCAGUGAGUUAUUACCAACAGGCCAUCAAGCAUCCCUGCUUCAGAUUGGUCAGCUUGGAGAAGAAGGAGAUGAUUGUGGGCUGCUGUGUCUUUGUCACUUGCCGGCAACACAACUGGCCCCUGACUAUGGGCACAGUCUGCUUGCUACUUUAUGCUGAUAAAGAGUUGUUUGCUGGAGUCUACUUGCAGUUUUUGAAGGAAAUGUCAUUGGAUGUUCCUUCCCUGAGCUUGAUAGAUUUAGUGAAGACACACCUCAACAGUUUCAAGCUUUUUCAGCAGUCAUCGGGCAUCCCACCCAAAUUUGUUGAAGACAAAGAGCAGCUGGUGGAGAGGACUAUUCAGAUGGUGGAGCUUGCCAGUGAAACAUGGCUGGUGACUGGCCGGCAUCCCAUCCCCAUUGUGAUGGCAGCAGCCUUCCUGGCAUGGCAGUCUCUGCGACCCGUUGAUCGCCUCAGUUGCACUCUUUCUAAGUUCUGCAAACUUGCAGGCACAGAUGCGCCCCGGCCAGCUCACCAGAGGCUGAAGGAGCUGCAUAACAUCCUUCUCCAGAUGGCUUCUCAUUUGGCCUGGCUGCGAGUGCUCAAGGUGGAUCAGAGGACUGUGGCAAAGUAUGUUGGUGACCUGCUGCAGCAUCGCCGUGUGCUUUUGCAGACUGCCUUUUCCAGAAUGGAUAGCACUGAUGGCUGUAAUAUAGAGGGCUCAGCACCAGAGACACCACAGCAGCUUGUAAAAGAAAGUUCUGUAAUGACAGAAGAGAUUCCCCUUCCAGGAGAGGGGCAGAAAGGUGGCAGUAAGCGGGCGCCUUUGCUCCCACCUUGCAUGCUGAAUCCCAAGAAGAAGUUGAGGACUCCCGAUCUGCGCCCUGAAGACUAUGCGAUCACCGGGGAUGAGGACAUUUCAGAUAGCGAGAUAGAACAAUACAUCCGAACGUCAGAAGAAAAGGAGGCAUUUAGGGAGGCUCAGGGAUCCUUAAAUAGACACAAAUGAUUCUGGGAAUGUACAACCAGCAGUCGGCAUUGAUUCAUCCUAGAGCUAAUUCCUUUUAUUUUAGGGGCUCUUGCACCCACAUCACAAAGGGUAUGUAUGAAACAAAAAAACUUCAUAACCCAGUUAAUAAAGCCUUUCUUUUAAAAAGUCUUUUUAUGCCUAUUUGGCCCCCAGCUUUUCUUCUUUGUCCUCUAUAAUAUAAUUGUGAAGAAAGGUUGGAGAUAAACACAAGCCUUCCUGACUUGUUCGUUGCAUUUCACUUGUGGAUAUUAUUGGUUCUGAAUGAAAUUUGUUGAAACU